ACCACCACACGCCUAUUUCAUGGCAUUGUUCUCAAAAACCUCUCCCAAGACACAAAAAAUCUCCACCCCGCAGCUGUUCUACGUUGUUAGUGCAGUAUCAGUCGCUAAACCCAGAAGCAAAACGAGAAUUUAAUGGUGGUUCUGAGCUUCCAAGCGAUCAACUUCCCAUCAGUCAGGCAUUGCUGCUUUCAGAGGCACAGACACGGCAGAGUCCGAUGUGGGAUCGCGGAGGCGUCGGGAGAGCCGGCGCCGAUGGGGCAGAAGACGAAGUACAAUGACGCGCUGUUCGAGAAGGCGUUCAUGACUCUGUUCGCGCGGAAGAUGGAGAAGUUCGCGAGAGGUACUGGAGAGGAAGAGGGGAGGAAGAAGGGGUGGUUUGAUUAUGAUUACGAGUCGUUUGUUGAAGUUUCAAAGAGAGUAAUGGUGGGGAGGUCGCGGUUGCAGCAGCAGCAAGUGGUGCGGGAAGUGCUGCUCUCCAUGCUUCCUCCUGGCGCCCCUGCUCAAUUCAGAAAAUUGUUUCCACCCACAAAGUGGGCUGCGGAGUUCAAUGCGGCACUGACAGUACCUUUCUUCCACUGGUUGGUCGGGCCUUCUGAGGUGGUGGAGGUGGAAGUGAACGGGGUGAAGCAAAAGAGUGGAGUCCUUAUAAAGAAAUGCAGGUACCUGGAGAACAGUGGCUGUGUAGGAAUGUGCGUCAACAUGUGCAAAAUACCGACACAAGAUUUCUUCACGAAUGAAUUUGGCCUUCCAUUAACAAUGACUCCAAAUUUUGAAGACAUGAGCUGUGAGAUGGUGUACGGACAAGUUCCUCCGAAGUUUGAGGAUGAUCCGGCAUCCAUGCAACCUUGUCUGUCGGAUUUCUGCUCCAUUGCAAAACCUAGUUCAAGUGUCUGUCCCAAACUACAAGCAUGAUCAGAUAAUGAUGAGAUGGAAAACUGAAGCUGUGGUUGAUUAAUGAUGUUGUGGUGACUGGAAGGUUUUUACCUUGUCCAAAGUUGAUUCCUUUUGUUCUCACAUGUAUACCAUACAUAUUUUGACGUUGUAAUUAUUAUUCAAUGUUCUGUAAA